CACAGUCGGGAUUAUUACGUCACAAUCAUGCCUGUUGAACGAAGAAUGACUGAAGCCGAGUUACGGCGAAAGACAAACAAACCAAUUAUGGAGAAGAAGCGACGCGAACGAAUAAACAAAUGUUUGGAAGAUUUGAAGUCGAUUGUUCUCACCGCCGUCGCUGAAGAGUCGCGACCAAACAAAUUGGAAAAAGCUGAUAUUCUAGAAAUGACGGUUCGAUAUUUGAAGUCGUUACAACAAGGCAAGCCUAUUGAUGCAGGUAUCCUCUCUCUUUCACGCACCAGUGAUUAUGACGAUUCUGAUGACGACACAAAAUCUUCAAUGACCGAAUACUCCCAAUGUGACAUCACAACCAUGUUGAAUCGUAGCGACGUUCCCUUGCAUUUCCGCACGCAGUUCUUGGGACAUCUAGCGGACAAACAUAACCCGGUUGAACGCAAGAAACCGCAGCAUCAUUCUACGCAACAUUACUCAGCAGAAUUCGACCGUCGGCCCAUUCUCAUGCCCGGGAAACCCCCUCACCCCUACCAAAUCCCACUUACCCCAACCCUAACGUUCCCACCAACCCCUAUUUCACCUAUAUCAUCUACGUCAUUUAUACGUCGUAUACCCUCACCUACGUCAUCGGAUGAUGACGUCACCAACCACGUGACUGACUGCUACUCUCCCCCGACCCCCCACACCAGUAGUAGCGAUUCCGGAGUUUGGUCCUCGGGUUCGAGUCCCCCUUCCCCCAUUCAAGGGAAACCAUUUAACAACCAACCCAACAAACCAACCACUGUGUGGCGCCCUUGGGGAUUAUAGAAAUCUUAUAAAGGGGCGGAUUCGCAAAAUGAACCAGGAGGGAAUUUAGAAACCAAAGCGACCACUUACCAAAUAUUGUAGCCUUUACAAGUUACAAUACCAAAUGUUAAUGCGUGAUAUUUAACGUGUUGUAUGCAACUUAAUGCAACGAACAUACACACAGUCACAGCGCAUGUUAAUCCGCCCCGGCAUUCCCCUAUUAUAUUGUACCUACUGUGACUUCACGCCAGUUGCCUUAUUAUUAUUUUUAACACCCCAAUAUGCACCGCGUAGUUUGUUCUUAUAUUUCUUUGCAUUGUUCUAUCCUCGCUGUGCCGGUCGUGAAAUAAACACGCUUAUGACGUAA